AUGGAAGAAUAUAACAAGCAUAGAAAGAAGAAUGCAUCAAGAAAAAGCAGUGAAAAAUGCAAACGUUACUUAGCCAAGCAAGUUGUGUCAAGAAGUGAAGAAGAACUGGAAACAUUACUAAGGAUUAAACAUGUGGUUAACAAGGUACUUGUUGGAUGCUUUGGGCUUGUGUUUGGUGUUCUGUCUGGCUUGGCAGGGAGCCACAUGGAAGGAUUUAUUGAGCUUUUAUUAAAGAGCAAUCAAAUAUUAAAACUACCAGACGAAAUGAGUCUUCUGCCAUUCUUUAUCCCUUCUACUCCAAAUUUAAAUCUCUCUUCAUGA